CUUUCUUUAAUGCAUCUAUAUGAUAAUUAUGAUCCUUAAAAAGCUGAUGCUACCUGUAAAAAAGUUGCUCAUGUGUCCCCCUGCCAACAAAUUCCAACAUCAUUAAUCAUCAUCAACCCAACCUCCUCCGUCAACUGAUGACCGGUAAACGCCGGUCAACUCUCCUGCUUUAACUACACUACGUCCCGGUCAUUAUUUUUUCACACUCUCUCUCAAACGAUGCAUGCCCUCACCAACUCCGGCGCCGUACUUCUCGCCGUGUUACUCUUCUUUCUGCUCAUCCUUUUCGCCGAGCUCUCUUACAUCUUUUGUUGCCGCACCGGAUCUUUACCGUCUCCGGCAAGUAAAGAGGUUCUUUUCCAAUUCUUGAUGUGUUGCAAGAAGAAUCACCACCACUCUCGUAUUGAGCCAUGCACCGGUAUUGUUUCUGUACAGAUGGAGGAGGAUGUUGUUGCUGCGGCGGUGCCUGAGGAGGAAUUCGCGGCGGCGGACAAGUGGCGGGUGUCGAGGCUUCUCUUCACAAUUGAAGAAGAGGAUUUGGAACUGGAAGAUGAUGAUGAUGAUGUGAUCUCUGCGGAGGUAGAUAAUGGCUUCGAAGUCCAAGUUGAUAUUCCGGUGGAGUAUUCCGGCGAUCCAACUCCGUUCUUGACGCCGUGCAACUCACCUCCUUACUUUACUCCUUCGCCAUCUCCUGGUCGGGAUAUGGAUGACGUCAUUGAUGUAUAUGAAGUCAGCAGCAGAAACUGUUGUUUCAAUUUCCAAGGCUCUCAGAUGUGUUAACAUUUUUUGCAUAAUUCCAAUGGUUUAACAGAUUAGGUGGAACAUUUUCGUAAUUAUUUACAGGUUUUGUCGGAAUUAUUUGUUCUUGUUUUUGGUUUAUAUAACUUUGUCGUCAUUUUUUCCCCGGCAAUUUGAAUAUUCAUCAACACAACUUGGUUCAACGCGUAUAUAUGUUUGGUUCUACGUACAUUAGAAUAGGAC